AUGACCACGAAUGAAGUUCCCUCUGGUGUUUCGAAUUGCUAUGUGUUCAAAAGCCGGCUGCAGGAAUAUGCUCAGAAAUACAAGCUACAGACUCCUAUAUAUGACACUGUCAAAGAAGGCCCUUCCCACAAGUCUUUCUUUCAGUCGACAGUAAUAGUCGACGGUGUCAGGUAUAGGUCGUUGCCUGGAUUCUUCAAUCGCAAGGCUGCAGAGCAAUCAGCUGCAGAGGUUGCUCUCCGGGAAUUAGCUAAAUCCAGUGACCUAACCCAAUGUGUUUCACCGCCUGUUCACGAAACGGGGUUAUGCAAGAAUCUUCUUCAAGAGUACGCUCAAAAGAUGAACUACGCGAUUCCAGUGUAUCAGUGCCAAAGGAGUGAAACUAUUGGGAGAGGUCUACAUUUCACAUGUACUGUAGACGUUGGAGGCAUCAAGUACACAGGAGCUGCGACAAAAACUAAAAGAGAAGCUGAGAUAAGCGCCGGGAGAACCGCUCUCGUAGCGAUCCAGUCAGAAUCUAAAAUGAACCUUGACGACUACAACACUGAGCUUACUGUAGUUCCUUUUGAGAAGAAGCCAGUGGAGGCAGCAAUCCCGGUGAAAGAAACCACCAAGACUCCAAAAGCCAUGAAGGCAAAGUUCAAGAAGAAGGCUCGGAAAGGAAAGCGGUUUGUAGCAAAGGAUUGUGAAGAUACUAUCGUCCCUCCUCAACCUCGUGAAGAUAUCGUCGUCCCUCCUCAACCGACCGAGCAUUGUGAAAACGUUAAGGCAGAGAAUGUUGAGACGACGAUAAAACUGGAACCUUCUUCGUGCAUGAACGGGUUUAAGGAGGCAGCGUUUGAGAGUGUGGAGACGGAAGCAAGCCAAGCGUAA